AUGACCUCAGGAAGCUGUGCAUGUCACUACAUUCGCUACACAAGCACGUCCACCCCAACAAGACUGGUGAAUUGUCAUUGUACCACAUGCCGUAAACAAGCCGGCGCCCCAUAUCAAGCCUUUGUGCACUUUCCCAUUGGAGCUAUCAAAUGGGAGGUAGAGCCCACAACAUGGAAGUCUAGUGAGACCGCCUCACGAACGUUUUGUCCCAAGUGCGGCUCAACUAUGAGCAUGGUUUUGGACGCAGAGCCUCAUCAGAUUGGGAUUGUGGCGGGAACGGUAGACGAUGCGUCACAGAUACCGGAACCGAGUGAUCAUAUUUUCUUGGAGGAGAAGGUACCCUGGUAUGGUCUUCCUGCCGAUGGGACGGGGAGAUGGCAGGCCUGGAGCCAGUAG